AUGCAGCUGACUCAAAGGGUUUCGGUAUUUAUUUCCAAGGUUCAUGGGUAGCUGCAGGGUGGCCUCCGACGUGGGUUGAGAAGGGAUGGACGAGAAUGAUAACCCUUUUAUAAUUAUUCCCGAUAAUUGUGUCACUUGAGUUAUAGGGAGCUGGAUUAGCUAGCGGAAGAAUAUUUUUUCUCUGUGACAAUUUAGGAAUUGUUUGCAAUAGAAACUUCUCUGGUAAUUAACUUACUAAGGAGAUUAGUCCUUAUUUGCAUGCUGCAUUUGGAUUAAUGCUCGGUACAUAAGUAGUAAAACUAAUAUUACUGCUGAUGGUCCUUUGCACCGUUAGCGGACGAGUUUAGAAUGAAGUUGCUCGAACACAUUUGGGAGCUAACUUCGCCCAGAUAAGACAUUUAUUGGGUUUAUCUUUGUAAUCAAUUUCAUGGAAGGCAUAUCUAAAAGCUUGGAAUGAGUGGUACAAUUUUAUGGUGAAUCUUAAUAGGGAUGCCACCGAACCUAAUUUGCAGGAUGCAAUACAGUUUAUUCUCAGUAAAAUUAAUUGGGUUGUCUAGGUUUUCUUCAAACAGGUCACUGCUGGAUAGUUCUUUCUUCCUGAUAGUACUACCAGUAGGUAAAAAAAAGUGUUUUAAAGUUGUUUAUUAUUCUGCAAUAAUUGAAAGGAGCCUGGGCCAAAGAGCUGGCUAUUCAUGACAGCAGGCGUCCUAUUUCUUUUCAAUUAUUGGGUGAUGUGGUCAAAAACUUGGUUCUUGUUUGCAAAGAUUCUUUUAAAACUCAACUUUUUACCACAGCAAUUGUUUGGGCCUUCUUUGGUGCCUUUAGAAUUAGCUAAAAAAUCCUUUCAUUCGGGUAUUCAGCUUAAUGAUUUGCAAUGUGAGGGCGAAGCUUUCAGAAGAAUUUUAAGAAAAUCUAAAACUAAUCAGUAAGGAAAUUGAUCUGUGGGUGCCUUCCCUCUUUGCUAAUGUUUAAUGUGAUUGACUGAAAUACUUUUUUGAAUACUCAAACGCAAUGAAAGCUCUAUAUUAAUGCAUUCACUCACACAUUUGUAAUACUUGGUGGGACUUCCACCCAUAGGAUGGGAAAAAUAGUAGCAUGUAUUCCAGAUGUAACACAAGAUGGCACAGCAAGCUAGGAGAGCCCAGUACCACACUAGAACACAUUUUGUACCCCAAGAGUCAAUCAGACAGCCACUAGAGGCACUUCCUGGAUCCUAACCGAUAUUUGUUGCCUAACUCAUGCUGGAUGUCCACACGCUCUGCAUUAAAGCAAUGCUUUCCUAUGAGGAGGGCCUACUACGUGUGCAGUGUUCGCAUUUGUAUUAGGCUCCUCUGUGCGAUGACGUCAGAGAAGGUGGACCCUUUACAUGCUGGGGGGGAGAGCGAGGGAGCAAAUAUUAUAAAGUCUAUAUUAGAAUGAUAAAAAAAGUCAGUGUUCCUUUAAUCGGGGGACAGGUCAGAUAGAGAUUAGUAGGGGUCACCUCAAUAAAUAGCGAACAAAAUAAGAAGGAAACUUCCAACAGUCUGACCAUACAACAGCCGAGUGAGCUCCCCGUAGAUAUCACCCAUAGACGGAGUCUUCACUGCUUCCCUCGACGUCUCCCCUCCGGAACGGCUGUUUGAAUAGCUGUAUAUCUAUGGCUUUUGGAAAUGUACUGAGUGGAGUAGGAAAUGUAGGGAGCAGCACCUUCCAAGGUACCACAAAUUCAGAUGGAGAUUCAGCCAACAUAGAGAUAAGGAGAGAAAGCAGGAUAUGGUGUAGUAUGUUAAGUAGAAAUGUCCGGUAUGUGGCUCCAGAUUGAAACACCUGGACGGUAUAAUCCCCGUCUUAUGAUGUCUUUGUUGUUCGCAAUUCAAAAGGUGUUCUCAGCGAGAGUAAAGGUGUCUUUGUGCACUGUACCACGAUGGUAGUCGGAAGUUACCAGAGCAUAAAAAAAACAUGAAAUAGUGCUCUCUGCAUAUAAAAUGAUUAAAAUAAUAAAAUAGGGAGAUAUAGCAGCAAACACAUUAUAUAAAUAAGUUAAAACAAUAGAUGUCGACUUAAUAAAACAUUUUCUAUAAAAGAUAAAAAAAAUUAAAAUCUACAUUUAACGUGUCUAGUUUGAAGACCCGUGCCAUUUCUUUUUUAACUAAGAGUUUGCGGAGAUUUCCUCCUCACCAAGGACGGGGGUGGGGAGGGGAAUAUUUUUUCUAUGGCACGGAAUUUUAGAUAUUUGGGGUCUUUAUUAUGCAUUUAAAAAUGUUUUCAAACUGAAUUAUUGGUGAAACCUUUUGUAAUGUUUCUACACGGGUUUUUAGGCAUCUGGUGGUCAUGCCUACAUACUGUAGUUUGCAUGCGCAUUCUAGUAAAUAAAUAACAUUAUUUGGAAUGGCAUGUAAUGAAACUUUUUACAUUAAAUUCCUGUGGUGAAUUCCUUGAUUUGAAGGUGUAUAUUUUUGUGUUGUCGUUGUUAGUGCUUCGGCAUGCCUGAUACCAUUUGCACUUGUAGAAACCGUUUUGUUGGUUAAAAGAGUAUUUGUUAGAGUUGACUUUUUUUAGUGUAAUUUUUUGUGAGGUGCAUUUUGAGUUUUGGUGCUCCCCUAAAGACAAUCUGAGGUUUGUCUGGAAGAAUAUUUUUUUAAAAUCUCUUUAAAAUCUUUUAAAAUAUUCCAAUGUUUUUGGAUGAUUUUUUUUCAUGUUUAAAUUCAUUAUUAAAAUCUAAAACGAUCGGUAGGGCGUUGCUAUCCUUCUUAUUGUGGUUAUGAUAUUGUAAUAGUUGGUUUCUAUCCAUUUGUUUGGUUUCUGUAAUAAGAGUGUUGAUAUCUUGUUCGUUAUAUUAUUUUUCUCAAAGGUUUUCUUUUAGAACUUCAGCUUGUUGGCUGAACAUAUAUUUUCACCAGUGCAAUUUCGUUAGUCUAAUGAGUUGACUUUUAGGCACACUCUUAAGCCAUGGUAGGUGAUGGCAGCUGGUAAAAUCUAUGAAAGUGUUCGUAUGUACUUUAAAAAAAUAUUUUAGUAUAGAGUUUGUUGAUUUCUAAAUAGAUAUCUAAAUCUAAAAAUUGUACUCUAGUACUACUGAUUUCAGUAUUGAUUUUAAUACCUCUUUUGUUGUCGUUUAAAAAUUAUAAACAUUAUUAAGGUCAUUGGUGGUGCCAUCCCAAAUAAAAAAAAAAGGUAAUCGAUAUAUCUACAGUAUAAAAUAAUAUUUGAUUUCCAUUCUGUGUUGGACCAAAUGAAGGAAUCCUCCCAGUCAGCCAUAAAAAGGUUAGCAUAGCUUGGCGCUACCCUCGUACCCAUGGCGUGUGCCUUGUUGUUGUACAUAAAAAGAAUCAUAAAACCAAAAAUAAUUAUUUUUUAAAAUGGUGUCCAAACCCUCUAGAAUGAAUUCAGUAAGUUUUGGAGGGGUGUUGCCAUCUUUUUCUAGGAUUUUCUUGAUGGCGGCACAUUCAAGGUUAUGAGGAAUAAUUGUAUAGAGCUGGGGUUCCCAAUUCCUUUUUCCCAUGGAACCCUUUGACAUAGUGUAUCAACAUCGUGGACACCCCCUCCUUUCAGUCCAGUGGGACUGCUGAGCGGCUGGCGUGCGGGCGGCAAGGGAGCAGUGAUCUCCCUGCUCAGCUCCCUCGCGCGCCUCUUAGUAAUGCCAGAGCCGGAUUGACGUCAUAUUCCGACUCCAGCAUCACUGCUGUGUGCGCGAGGGAGCUGAGCAGGGAGAUCACUGCUCACUGCUCCCUCGCCGCCCGCGGCCAUUUUAUUUUGAAAAAUAUUGGCGGAACCCUAAUUAGGAAACGCUGGUAUAGAGGGAUUGGACAUCACUGGUGGCUAAAAUGUAAUUAGGUUUCCAAAUAAAAUCAUUUAAAAUUUGUAAAAAGCUCAUAAUAUCUUUUAGGUAUGAUUUUAUCUUUGAGAUAUGGGGUUGAAGGUGGGUAUCUAUAUACUCAGAUAAGUUGGAUAAAAUGGAGUUGAUACCUGAUACUAUACGGUAGACAUGUGCAAUUCGUUUUGUUCCAAAUGUAAAUUCGGACGAAUUUCGGGCAAUUCGGACAUUCGGAUACUUCUGAAUGUCCGAAUAGCUGAAUUACCGAAGUUCCAAAUUGCCGAAGUUCCGAAAUUGCCGAAGUUCCGAAGUGCCAAAGUGUCGAAGAUCCGAAGCACAGAAUUGCCGAAGUACUUUUAUACCCAGUGGAAGAAUGAAAAAUUUUACAAUGUAUACCAGUUUAAAAUAAAGUAUACAAUCAUAGCCAGGAUUCAGUUGUAAGCAUUUGCAACACUUACAACAAUCAAGUAACACAUUCAUAUAAAAUGUAAGUUACUUAGCCAAUCAAUGGAUGGGAAAGAGUAAGUAGAUAACUCCCUAAUUCCCAUGGUAUUAGGAAGUUAUCUACUAAAAGGCUGAAAGACCUAAAUUGGUCUUUCAGCCAAAUUUACUAAUACUAAGUAAAGAUUACUUGGUAUUAGUAAAUUCUGCCCGUACUCGCUAUACCGCGAGUAGGGGCAUGUCUAGUAAACAACGAGCAGCCUGUGGCUGUUUACUGUAAAAAACAAAACAAAAAAAAACACGUAUCCCCUCUCCCGAGCCCCUACCUAUGCCGCGCGAGUUGGAGCUUCUAACCUGAAGGGGGGACCUGAGCGGUGGGUGGGGGCCCUGAAUACUAAUAAGAGGGGGACCUAUUGUCGUCCCCCCUGGCCCCAACCCUGAGUGGUGGGUGGAGGCCCUAAAUUAGAAUAAGGAGAAGACCUAUUGUCCUCCCCCCUUGCCCCCACGCCUGAGCAGUGGGUGGGGGCCCUAAAUAUCAAUAAAGGGGAGAACUAUUGUCCUCCCCACCACCCCCACCUCUGAGCAGCAGGUGGGGGCCCUAAAUAAAAAUGUAACCCCCCCAGGUGACUAGGGGUCCCCAAGCCCCUAGUGACCCCCCUCCCAAAAAAAUGAAUGAACCCCUACCUAGCCCCCUCACCCUACAAAAUAGUGAGGGGGGACCAAUAACUAGGUACCUGUAAAAAAAUAACUAAAACUUACCAUUGAUGUCUUCUUUUUUCUAAAAUCUUCUUUUUUCAGCCCCCAAAAAAGGCCAAAUAAAAAUCCAUAAUAACCAUCGCACUUUGAAAAUAAAUAAACUGUAAAAAAACGAGCACAAAAAAAAUAAUCCAUCUUUACCCAUGGAGGGCUCCGCACAGACUGAGUUCUGUAGGGCGGGGGAAGGCUUAUAAAGUCUUGCCACGCCCUGCAAUUAGACUCAGAGCACUCUGAUUGGUGGGUUUAAGCCAUCCAAUCAGAGUGCUCUGACAGGUAAAUGAAGAGACUGACAGGUAAGUCUCUACAUUUACCUGUCACAGCACUCUGAUUGGUUAGCUUGAAAUCCAGCCAAUCAGAGUGCUCUGUGUCAUUUUACACAGCGUGGGAAAGUUCUUUGGAAUUUUCCCAUGCUGUGUAAUCUGACUCAUAACAACUCUCUGAUUGGUUGAUUGAAAGUAACCAAUCAGAGAUUUAUGAGUGAAAUUACACAGCGUGGGAAAAUUGCAAAGAACUUCCAAAGCCCCCCCCAUUAUUUUACUUUAGUGCCCCCACCCCCUGCUCAGGGGUGGGGGCUGGAGCAGAGGACAAUAGGUUGUAGUCCCCUUAUUCUUCUUUAGUGCCCCCACCCACCGCUCGGGGGUGGGGGCCAGGGGGAAGGACAAUAGGUACCCCCCCGAAGUAAUUUAGGGCCCCCAUCCACCGCUCAGGGGUGGGGGCCGGGGGGAGGACAAUAGGUCCCCCCCCUUAUUUUACUUUAGGGCCCCUACCCGCUGCUCAGGGGUGGGAGCCAGGGAGGAGGACAAUAGGUUCCCCCGCCCCCAAUUUUCUGAUUUUGGGCCCCCACCCGCCGCUCAGGGAGGGGUGACGCAGUGUUUUUUUGUUUACUAGACAUGCCCCUACUCGCGAUAUAGUGAGUAGGGGCAUAAUUUACUAAUACUAAUCUUUACUUAGUAUUAGUAAAUUUGUCUGAAAGACCAAUUUAGGGCUUUCAGCCUUUUGGUAGAUAACUCCCUAAUACUGUGGGAAUUAGGGAGUUAUCUACUAAGCGGCUGCAAGAGAACAUCUGAAGUUCCGAAUUGCCAAAGUCACGAAUUUCAGAAUGCCGAAACAAAUAUUUUCCCCAAUGCACAUCCCUACUAUACGGCGGCCAGGAUGGUUAGUUUCAUUUUUAUGGAUCUUUGGUAAAAAGUAAAUUACAGGUGUAACAGGCUGCUAUAUUUUACUGUUUUGCAUUAAGUUAGGAGAUAUUGAACUUUGCUCUUCCCCCUGUCAUGUAAAGAGGAAGGACUGGGGUGGCAGGAAGAAGAGGACAGUGGAGAAGCCAUGUUCACUGAGUCUGCUUAAAGAAAUUGUGCUCCCUACCUGUUUAAAUUAUUCUAUUACUGCUGGGACAGUGAAAUAAUAACAGGGGGAGGCUAAUGCACUGCAACUACAAGAAGCUGGAGACUGUCUACUGCUCUGCUAGGAGAAUUAGAAGACUGUUAUUUAAUGUUCAGCUCCCUGCAGAUUCUGGAACUUCCUGCAGUAGUGUGAAUGAGGAGAAUUAGAAGACUGUUAUUUAAAGGACCACCAUAGUGCCAGGAAAACAAACUCGCUAUAGGGUCUUUAGGUCUCCCCCACCCCCAGAAGGGGUUAAAACACUUACCUUUCUCCAGCGCCGGGCUCCAUCGGCACUGGGGAACUCUCCUCCUCUUGCCGAUGUCCGCGCCGAAUGCGCAUGCGCGGCAAUGCUUUCCUAUGGACGUCCAGCGUCUUCUCAGUGUGAUUUUCUCUGAAACUGCUAUGUUUACAGCUGCAGGGUUAACACUAGAUGGACCUGGCAUUGAGCUGAAGUGGUCUGGGUGCCUAUAGUGGUCCUUUAAUGUUCAGCUCCCUGCAGAUUCUGGACCUUUUUGCAGUAGUGUGAAUGAGGAGAAAUAGAAGACUGUUAUUUAAUGUCCAGCUUCCUGUAGAUUCUGAAACUUUCCAGAGUAGUGUGAAUGAGGAGAAAUAGAAGACUGUUAUUUAAUGUUCAGCUUUCUGCAGAUUCUGAAACUUUCCGGAGUAGUGUGAAUGAGGUCUUGCAUCCUGUCUGCAGAAGGAAGAGAAAGGAUUGCCAUCGCUGUUCUGCCGCGGUCCUACAUUCUGCUGGAUCUCUCUGGAAAUAUCUGCAGUUACAGAAGUCACUCAGAGGUCCUGUCUCCAGAGAUUGCUUCAGGAUUCUCCCUUAUUACUGUACCUGGGUAGCGCUACCUACACCUAAUGGCCCCAACGUUGUGCACAUAAUUUACCUGCAGGUACCUAGGAGUUUAACUGUUCCGAUGUAGUUAUUGAUGUUACUAAGAGAGGAUUGUUGUCUGCAUUCCUGCUGCUAAAGACUCCUGUGACUGUAUCAUUCCUACAUCAGGGACUUUAUCAUCACUCAGCAUUAGCCAGCAACUGCAUUGUUAUUUCUGCUGUUAUAUGUGUAUCCCUUUAACCACAAUACAGUGUGUAUUUCCAUGUCUGUAGUUAUUUCCUGUCUCGGAGGGAUUAUUAAGUGGAGGGUACUCAUCUACUCAGUGGGGUGGGUUCCCCAUAAAUAGAAGUUGCACUGAGUGGAGGCACUGCGUCAGAACAAGAUGUCCCGAUCUCCCAACUAUAGCGGAGGCUCAGGAUCCCUGUCAGCGACAGAAGAAGGUGUAAUUGCUGCUAGCUACGGCUUGCUUACAGGAGCCGGGCAGGAAAGGGGGUUACGCCGGUAUAGUGGGGUGGUUGGUAUUUAUAUAAGUGCGCUAUUUCUUAUUAAUGAUUUGUUACUCAAAAGGCCUUUGUUUAAAAAAAAAAUUGUUAGAAUAUCUUUAAUGUCUGGUGUGGGUUUUUUUUGAAAGGUUGUUUGUAUACCAUCGUAUCACUGAGUCGUGAGAACGCUUCCUUCCUGUACAUUUCUGUUGGGAGAAUGUCUAACCUUCCCCCUUUAUCUGCAGGUUUCAUUAUAAUAUCCUCAUCAUUUUUUAGAUUUUUAAUUGUCUCUUUUUCUUUCUUUGUAAAAUAGAAUUGGUCAGAUUUGGUAGUGGCGAUUCUUUUUAGAUCUUUAGUUACCAGUUUUUCAAAUGUGUCUAAAUGACCUGAUUUAUAGUUUGUGGUGGUGGGCUUCAGCUUGAUGUAUUUUUCAUUUGCUGUAUUGGGGGAGGGAGAAAGGGAAAUGUUAGGGUUUUGGUUUGUUUAAUUUAUGUAGAACCUCGUCAGGGUGGCCCUCCUAACGAAUUUGUUGAUAUCAAUAAAAGCAAAAAAUUGAUUACGAUUUCGGGUGGGGGCGCAUUUCUCUAUGUAUCUAUAUCCAUAAUGUUUCUAUUUAUCUCUAUGUAUCUUUAUCUAUAUUGUUUUUAUCUCUAUGUAUCUAUAUCUAUAAUGUUUUUAUUUAUCUCUAUGUAUCUAUAUUAGUGACGGACAUUGGUUAAUAUUUUUUACUCUCUCCUUACUUCUAGAGGCACCUGUCGCAACAGCAAGUUCUUUUGCAGGAGGCUCAGCUAAAAACGGAGAAGACAGUGGCCUUGCUGGACAGACAGGUGGCUGAGGUGCAGGUCAGUGUGAAGCCACAUUUUAAGAAGUUCCCACAUUCUAUUCUAUUCUAUUCCACCAGAUUUAACCCCAUGUCAUGUUCUGGUACCUUGUUGUGACCAAAAUCAGAUGGGUAAUAUCUAAACUUUCAUAUACCUAAAUCCUGCUAAUUUCCUUUCAAAAUAUCCCAAGCAGCUCACCCUAAAAAUGUCUCAAAUUCUUUAUGCACAUCCAUCUGAUCCUCUCUCCACAGGACACUAUCUCCCGGUUUAAGAUCAGCGUGAGAGAACAGCUGAACAUAAUGAGGUCCUACCUCGAUGUGAUGGAAAAGUCACUGGCUCAGGAGGCAGAUAAAGCAGAACAUUCGGCGACUGCUGCUCUGGUGGGUGAAAGGAAGACCAUGGCACAUUAUCUGGAGCAACUCCGGCAGAUGGAAGGAGUUCUGAAAGAUGUGGAAGAACAAGAACAAACAGAGUUCCUCAGGGUGAGUUUUAUCUAGAACCUGAGGGUCUCGACUCUCAUGUAACUAUACAAAUAAAUGGGAACCGCCAUGUUUUCUUGUCAAAAAAACUUACACCAUGUUGUAUAAUCCUUCUCUCACCACCAAUACUUCCAAUUGGUAUCCUUUUGAGAGAAAUCCAGUCUGCGUUGUGUUUUUAAUAGUGAAUGUAAUAUCCCUGUGUAACCUCUUCCAAGAACUAACAUAUAUCUUUAUCCCCUUGUCCAGAUAAAUAUAUGAAUAGCACUACUAAGGUAUUCUACCCGAUAUUACAAAUAAACAGCCAACACCAUAGUUCUUACCAGAGAGAAAUCUUUACUUAGAAUCUGCCCAGUUAAAUAUUACAUAAGAAGAAUGUUACAGAGUUAUAGUAUUAGAGUUACAAUACAUUCACAACACUCACACAUUCCAUCUAUCUAAUACUAUCUGCUACAUUGUGUAUGUGCUGUGCAUGUUAUGUGCAGCAUGCGUCUUACCAAACCUAAUCUAAUGUGAUGUCAGUAUCUUCUAUUUUUAAAGGAAUUGGUUCCCAUGUUGUAAAUAGCAAAUUCCUCAGCUCAAUUGAUAUGUAAAUGUGAUUUCCUUUCCCAAGGCCCAAAGUGUUGUCUAUCCUGUUAUUUUAUUUAAGUGUUAACUUUCCCAGCCAUCCCUUUUCCUCUAACCCAAGGUGUGUUUUCCCAGAUAGGGACUCCUUUGAAGACCAGUAGAUAUGUAAAUGUGAUUGGUGCCUUUCAGGUGUUGUAUCUUUCCAGCUAUCUAAACAGAAACUCCCUUUGAAGAUAAUUCCUGACCUCCCAUACACACAGACUUAAUCAAGCACAUAUUAAACAGAUAUAGACAUAAUAUUUCCCCCAACACACCACUUUUUUAUUUUCCCUAGAAAAUAGGCGGUGUUGGAUCCAGGUAAAAUACCUUUUUGUUUUCUUAAUCUCUCUGGUCCAUCUCCACUGUAUAAUUCCACUAUCUCUGCACGGUCCCUUCCAUAUCCUGUCCCACCCUCUGUAGAGCUCCUGUAUAGAACACAAAUUCCUGAAUACUCCAGGUUCUACUAAGGUUCCAGUUUUACAUCUUUAUUGCUUUUUAUAAUAGUCUAACCAAGAUCUUUCUUUCUUGCUAUCCCUGCAUGGGCCCUUCUAUUUCAUGUCUCACUCCAUGCAGAUCCUUCUAGAUAGAAUGCCUGCUAACCUUCACAUUCACAUGUGAUUCAAACGCCAAUUUACACAAAGUUUACAGCUUUGCAUCACUAUUGCUUUCAUUAAUAGAAUCUUGUCUGAAUCCCCUCCUAUUAGGCAUCCAGCUCCCCACCAUUUCCGAGUUUAAGUUCCAGGUCUGGAGGAAAAUGUUCAGAGCACUGCUACCAGGUGAGCAUUAGUUUUAGAGGGUGAGUGUAAGGAUGGUAGAGGGUAUGAGUGUGAGAGUUAGAAUGAAAGGUUUGAUGUGGGUUUACAUGGAUUACAUACUAAGUUCAGCUUUAGUCUUCCACCAUUUCAUAUUCCUUUUUAGCAAACUCAACCAAGGCUGUGUAUAAAGAUGUAUGGAGAAAAAUGUCCCAAAACUGAAAACAGAAUUUUUUUUCACUAUUUGUGGUUGCUUUCCUGUGCAUUUCUAUAGCAGUUUUUAAAUCUCAGAUGCCCUUAGACACAAUUCUAGCGUUAUCUGUCACUUAAAAAAGAUAGAAAUUACAUACACGAAGCUCUAUAAUGUGUGGAAAAUUUUAUGAGAUGAAUUAAAAAAUAAACAAACACAUUUCUCUUAUGAUGUCUAUAAAAUAUACUCCAAAUAGGUAGGCUCAAGCAAUAUGGCUCACUGUCUCCUGAAGUUGGCCAGGACCAAUGUCUGCCUAGCCAUCCCCAGCUCAUUAAGCUUUCUCUCUUUUUGUAACCUACCUUAUGUUCCAGUUCUGGAAAACCUCACAUUCGACCCAGAAUCAGCUCAACAGAACCUAGUAAUUUUUGCAGAUGGAAAAUCAGUAGAGUGCUCCGAGCACAAACAGGCAGUAUCUGAUGAGCCAACUCGAUUUGACAAAGCCAACUGCCUAGUGUCCAAAGAAAGCUUCACCGAAGGAGAGCACUACUGGGAGGUCAUGGUGGAAGAUAAACCAAGGUGGUCACUGGGCCUGAUUUCAGAGACAGCGAACCGCAAAGGAAAACUCCGUGUAAGUCCUUCAAACGGCUUCUGGAUUGUGGGCUUCAAGGAAGGGAAAGUCUACAUGGCUCAUGCUGAACAAAAUGAGCCACGGGUUCUCUGUGUGGAUGGCCAGCCAAAGAAGAUAGGAAUCUACCUUCGUUUCUCUAAUGGUGUGGUGUCUUUCUUUGAUUCAGAUGACAAAGACAAUGUGAAACUGAUGUGCACCUUUAACGAUAGAUUUUUUGGCCGACUCUAUCCGUUCUUCGAUGUCUGCUGGCACGACUGGGGGAAAAAUGCCCAGCCGUUAAAGAUCUUUGCACCUCAGUCUUAAUCACAUAAGCAUUAAUGGCCUUAGGAAUUGGGGUUUGUUAAGAAGAGGUUGGAAUGUUUUGUUUUUUUGUUAACAAUGGAAAAUUAAGGGAAAAUUAAGGGAGUCGAAAAAUAAAUUGCUUAUCAGACCUGCUUUAUUUUCUGAAGAAUCGCUUGCUCUUCACAAAGUCUAAUAUGUAACCCUUUAUUAAUAAUAGGACUCGAGUGAGCGCCGUAGUCUGCGUCACUCUUCAAAUUUGCAAGCACCAUAGUAUGUAGAACCUUAGUAACAUUGUAUAGAGCACCAUACACAUUGUCACUAGUAAACCUUAUCCUACAAUAAAUGUAUUUUCUCAUCACAAUUUGUUUGCAAUAAAUGAAAUUAAAUGCAUUGUCUUGUAUUCAGUUUUUUAAAGGUCUCUAUUCUAGGUGAUCGCUCUAGGUCUUAUCUUAAGAUAGCAUUACAUAUUCCUUUACUUACAACAUGCCGGCUUCCAUAAAUAACACAACAACUUGGGGGAAAGCGCCUAAUCUGCAAAUUUAUUUUACCAUAGAAGUAGAAAAUACCUGACCCUAUGGAUACCGGCGAUCUGUUCCUGGAAAUUUUCUGAUAUUAAUAUCUGAUAUUUUACGGUGUCUGAUC